CUCCCUCUCUCUCUCUCUCUCUCUCUCUCUCUCUCUCUCUCUCUGUUAUGCUCUUUCUUUGAAAUUCGCUCGACCUUAUUAUUCCAUCAAUACUUCUUCUGUAUUGUUCCCUUUCUAAUCCUACUCAUCUAUCUCCUAGAAAAGAAAAGAAUGCUGCUAAUUUUUUCUUUCUUCUAUUUGGUUGCUGUAGUAGAAUUUAGAUUGUUCUCUUGUCUGACAGAAUACAAGAAGUCAGUUGGCAACUUGCCCGGCCAGCCGCCUCUUGGUAGAGAUCACCUCAUCACCAGUGGGAGAAAUCAAAAGAGUUAACAGGAUUUUAGGACGUCAGUGUUGUGCCAGCUGCAUUAUUCCAGGCUAGCUAGCCUGUCCUGAAUUAAGCUUUCUUCUCAAUGCACGCAGCAGCUGGCCUUUUAUAUAUAUAAUCGAUCGAGUUCAAGUGCUCAUCAAUUAAGAAAGAUGUUCUUGAUCGAUAGAGCGGAUCAGUUUAAUCAGUUUGUGAUUAUGUUAUGAAUCAAAGCUAGUAAAGUUUCUGUUUCCUCAAAAUCCAUAAAAAAAUUGCGUGAGUGCAUAAUCAAAAUAUUAAUUCGUCUUCUCCUCCUCUCCUCACUUAUGUCUUUCAUUGUGAUUUUUGCUGCUGCUUUUUUUAUUUUUUUAUUUUUUUUUUAACCUAAUAAGAUUCAAAUCACCUUAUCAUUUUUAAUUAAUUAAUUAAUUUUCACUUUCGGUUUGAAGUAUUGUUUGUGUAGAAGAAUAUAUGAUCAUGUCAUCUUCUGUACUGACACGAAUAGGACGACAGCGACAACGAUAUGACAAUAAUUUCACGUCAUGCAUUCCUUACCGGAUAACAGAAAACUACGAAGAUGAUGUUGAGAGUGGUGAUAUUGAGUACAGGAUACAAGUUCUUAUGGUUUCUUCACCAGACCGCCAUGACAGAGUCUUCCCAAAAGGUGGAUGGGAGGAUGAUGAAACUGUUUUAGAAGCUGCUUGUCGGGAAGCCUUUGAGGAAGCAGGGGUCAAAGGAAAUCUAAGAGAAACUCCGUUGGGAGUAUGGGAGUUCAGAAGCAAAAGUCGAGAGGAGAUAUGCAACCUCAGCCUGGAAGGUGGAUGCAGAGGAUAUAUGUUUGCAUUAGAGGUCACCCAAGAGCUUGAUACCUGGCCAGAGCACCAAAACCGUGACAGGAAAUGGCUAAGCAUAAAGGAGGCAUUUAGAGUGUGCCGGUAUGAAUGGAUGCGCAAAGCGUUGGAGCAGUUUCUGAGAGUCAUGGGAGGAGGACUAGUACUUUCAGUUUGUGAUGAUAAUGAUAAUAUUGAUGAUGAGGAUGGAAAAGUGAAAGUUGUGGAGAUGAUGAUGGGAUCAGAAGAUGAGAUGAAAUUAGGAGGAGAGCUGCCACCUCCGGAUUCUACCCUGCAGCCGCCCUUGUCAGAUGUGGAACAUGUGAUGGCUGAAUGUAAAAUAGUGUCGUCAAACUGCUACAUAAAGCCAGCUUCUUCUUCUUCAAGUGCUAGUGCUAGUCAACUGGUGAUAUCAGUUGAUUAUCAUGGCACUUGGCUCUCAAGGACAAGGUGGGGUUGCCAUUGA